CACAUUAUUUAUCACAAAAAUGAAUUAAGCUGGUUUGGUUGGCGUUUGUGUUGUCGAUAGUGUUUUGUCUAGAAAAGAUAUCAGAUUUAGGACUGAAUUAACCAGCUCAGAGAAUGUAACACAACAUGAAACACUUGCACUCUCUUGAUUUACAAACUUUUUCUUUGAUUAUCUUAUAAUCACAUGAUCUUUUGUUAUACUGACAAAAAAUCCAAGUCAAAGAUAUAAGGAAUUUUUAAUGAAUGCAUGAGUUAAUAGUUGAUAGACUAAACACUCAUUAUUUGUAUAACACCACAAAAUAUACUCAAAAAGUCACCAUUGAGAUAUUAGUAACUAACUUCGAGAGACAAUUAUCACAAUUACAGUGAGAAGCCGUAUAACUAGUCGAGUUUAAUCAUGUCAGGAGUGAGAUACACGUCACCGACGGCAACCGAUAAUGGCCGCACAAUAUCCACGCCAACAAUCAACAACAAUAAUAAGGGUAAGAAAAUGUAUAAUACAUUUAAUACCUAACAGACUGUCUACUACUUUGACUAGGCAAACUACCAAUCAUUAUAUUCCUCGCCCACACAUCAGUAUACCAUCAUUUAUAUCUAAAAAUAUUGAAGUGAAAGUAUCUAAAUCAUUGUUUAAUUAAAUCACAGGGUUGUUUCACUAAAUUAGCUAGACAUAGGUAUAUCCGACUCCGUAUUCCAAAAAUAUAUUGUAAAAAAUGUAACGAUAAACCUGUGAAAGGAUGAUAUCAUUACUAUAAUUCAGGUUUUAGAUACUGGGAUUUUUAUGGGACUGUCUACAAAAUAUUUGGAGUGGAUCACUUUCAAAAUUUUGUCUAAUGUAAACGUAAAAAUCAAUGAAAAACUUGGGAAGUCAAUCAUGGAUUUACGCAAUUUUCACUAAUCUUAAAGUCUUGAUAGUAACAAUAAUCACGAGUGCCUGGAGUCCCUUUCGGGGGGCUACUGCCGGUCCCAAGCCCGGAUAAAGGAGGAGGGUUGGGCAUGAGGUUAGCGACCCCGUUCCGUAGAAAACUAACUUGUUAAAAGAAACGCUAACCAGAAAACAUUAUUCAAACCAUUUAGACUCUGCCCUGGGAGUCAGAAGGUCUUCGUUUAGAAUAAUUAUGACGCCUCAUGAUGAAAGUCGAGUUCCUUCGGAAGUCACGAGGCCGAUGCCACUUCUGUCAACCAGAGCAACCAUUUUUUAGGUACAUCGAAUGCUCGUACAAUGUGGGAGACUGGAACAGUUUUCCAAAUUGCUGCAGAAAUGAGGGGGUACAAACUAGAGGUGCUUGGGACCAGUGAAACACAUUGGACGCAAGUUGAACAACGACAACUAGCUUCAGGUGAGCUGCUGUUAUACUCCAGAUAUGAACAAGAAAAUGCCCCACAUACACAAGGAGUUGCAUUGAUGCUGUCCAAACAAGCACAAAAUGCACUUAUAGGAUGGGAAUCUCAUGAACCCAGGACCAUCAAAGCCUUCUUCAAAACAAAGAAAGAGGGCAUUUCAAUAAACGUCAUCCAAUGCUACGCGCCUACCAACGACUACAAUGAAAACGCUAAAGAUCAAUUCUACGAUAGGCUACAGUCAAUCGUCGAGAAGUGCACAACAAAAGACCUGACUAUUCUGAUGGGAGAUUUAAAUGCCAAGGUUGGAAUUGACAACACCGGAUAUGAAGAGAUCAUGGGACGACACGGACUCGGAGAAAGGAACGAAAAUGGUGAGAGAUUUGCAAAUCUAUGUGUCUUCAAUAAACUGAUCAUAAGCAGUACUAUAUUCCCACAUAAACGCAUACACAAAACCACAUGGACUUCACCGGAUCACACCACACAGAACCAAAUCGACCAUAUCUGCAUCAACAAAAAGUUCAGGAGGACGAUGGAGGACGUGAGAACAAAGAGGGGAGCUGAUAUAGCAUCAGAUCAUCACUUGCUGGUCACCAAGAUGAAAUUGAAACUCAGGAGGCACUGGACAACGGGGGGGACAAUAUCACAAAAGUUUAAUACGUCUCUUCUUCGGGAUAAUGACAAACUCAACAAACUCAAGAUAACACUCAUCAAUAAAUUCCAGGCCUUUCAUGAUCUACUCAAUGGAGAAGGAACUACUAUGGAGAGCAACUGGAAAGGGAUGAAAGGGGCAAUCACUUCAACAUGUCAUGAGGUUCUGGGCCAAAAGAAGCACCAUCACAUGGAUUGGAUCACGGUUGAUUCACUGGAUAAGAUUCAAAAAAGGAGGAACAAGAAGACAGCAAUCAAUACCAGCAGAACAAGAGCAGAAAAAGCCAAGGCACAGGCUGAAUACACAGAAGUAAACAAGCAAGUGAAAAGGAGCAUCAGAACUGACAAACGUAAAUAUGUGGAGGAUUUAGCAAUGACGGCGGAAAAGGCUGCCAGAGAAGGAAACAUGAGACCACUGUAUUACACAACAAAGAAAAUCUCUGGAAAUCACCGCAAACCAGAACGACCAGUGGAAAGCAAGGAAGGCAAGGUAAUCACCAACAUUGAAGAACAACGAAACAGGUGGGUAGAACACUUCAAACAACUCUUGAAUCGUCCAGCCCCACUGAACCCACCAAAUCGCAAUUCUACUUAUCGUUGUGGAACAAUCAAUUGAAUGGAAUUCAUCACUCUAUAUCAACUUCAUUGACUACGAAAAAGCAUUUGAUAGCGUGGACAGAACAACCCUAUGGAAGCGUCUUCGACACUACGGCGUACAUGAGAAGAUAGUCAAUAUCAUAAGGAACUGGCACGGUGGAUUAAACAGUAAAAUCGUUCGUGGAGGACAGUUGACAAACUCCUUCGAAGUAAAGACCGUUGUCAGGCAAGGUUGCUUACUCUCACCCUUUCUCUUUCUCCUGGUGAUCGACUAGAUCAUGAAGACGUCAACAUUUGCGGGAAGCAUGGGAUACAAUGGACAGCUAGGAUGCAGCUGGACGAUCUAGACUUCGCAGAUGAUCUGGCUCUUCUAUCGCAUACGCAACAACAAAUGCAGGAGAAGAAGACCAGUGUAGCAGCAGCCUCAACAGCAAAAGGUCUCAAUAUAAACAAAGGGAAAAGGAAGAUUUUCCGAUACAACACAGCAUGCAACAAUCCAAUCACAAUUGACGGAGAAGAUGUGGAAGAUGUACAAACCUUUACAUAUUUGGGCAGUAUCAUCGAUGAACACGGUGGGUCUGAUGCAAAUAUGAAGGCAAAGAUCGGAAAAGCAAGAGCAGCAUAUUUACAACUGAAGAACAUCUGGAACUCAAAACAAUUGGCAACCAAAACCAAAGUCAGAAUUUUCAAUACAAAUGUCAAGACAGUUCUACUGUAUGGGGCAAAAACUUGAAGAACCACGAAAGCCAUCAUCCAGAACAUACAGAUGUUUAUUAACAGUUGUCUAUGCAAAAUACUUCGGAUCCGUUGGCCGGACACUAUGAACAACAACCCUCUGU